GAAAUGAAUGUGUUUUAUUCGCACCAUAUGGUGUGCUUGACGUGCCCACUGGUAUGUGUGAAAAGGGAAAGUAGGUGAGGGAUGCGACUUCGAUUGUCACAAGAUAGCAGGAACUGAAGAGUGUGAAUGGAUUGUGGAAGGUGGGAAGAGGGGCCAUGUUUGGGGGAAUAUUGGUGAAAAGGGCAGGUGAGUGAGUGGUGUGAACACCAAUCGUCCCAAGAAUACCAACGGCAGAGUGUGGGUUGAUUGUCGGGACAGUGACGAGAUUUGGGGGAAUUUUGGGGGGUAGGAAGUAUUGGGAAAAGCUAUGUAUGCGUUACGGUCGUACGGAGGAAAAGCAUGACAGGUGUGAUGUGUCACCACCCAUCGGCUACAGAGAAUAGCUUGGGUGAUAUGUGUGAAGUAGAGCUCCGAUUUGGUAGUGCACAUCUCGAGAGUUCUGUGGUCCUCUUCUUUAACGUCUCUGAAGGCAGCCAGUAUUCUGCUCUUACUCCUAAUUAAUGAUCAUCAGAACAGUGAUUCAUCUUCAAAAGAAUGAUGAAGUUGUAGUAAACGUGUAAUGCAUUGAAGUAGGAUGCACAAUAGCUGCUGCUUCAGAGAAGAGGAAGACGGCCGGCGGAGGAGUGAGGAGGUGGUGCACCUGGGGGGCCAGGGUAGGAAGGAGGGAGGAUGCCCCUUGGAGCAGAGGAGUGUGGGGAACGAAGGCGGGCGAUCUUUUGCAGACAGAUUUGGUUGACAUGGGUGUGGAAGUACAGGUUCCCGCUUUCCAUUUGAGCAUUCAAGGCAAAGCGUAAUUCACCCAGCGAGGUGCGGUGUGUGCUUUGCUUGGGCUUUCCGGCUUCAUCAGAAGUCGGUGCUGUUAUGAGCUUUUAUGCUUGCGUCAGUCAGCCCGCUGCCGAAUGAAGUGCAACGAGUGGACUCAGCAUCUGGCUGCGAUGUGCGGAGGAUUUGACGCAACACGUGUUUUUUUGUCAUGACAUAGGCUGCCAGACUUCUGAGCAAGGGGUUUUAUCGACGGGAUAACUGACGCGUCUUAUCGACGGGAUAACUGACGCGUUUUUUUCUGAGGAGGUAUGCUAAGUGAAUGAAUGUGGGGUUCACAGCAUGCAGCAGAGGAAGGGGUUUUGGUGGGACUCUGGGGAGGAAUAUUUGACAGAUUUUCUCGCGAACAUGGCUUUUUUGACAGUGUGUGCUUCUGUCGCCGCUUUGCCGCGGAUCAGGAUGGAGAGGCGAGCCUCUGGGAGGAACAGGGAAGGACUCAGUUAAUUUCUGUCACUGUGGUAGAACAUGGCAUUACUGCACGAGCCUGCCGGCAGAGUGACUGGGCAGGAAUACAGGUGGUGAGUUCCCUCGAAGAUACGACGACAAUCCAUUUGUGGGGAUGGUUGCAGGCGGUCGUAACAGUAGAACUACGUAUCGUAUCGUUCAUCCGCUGCAUCGGAAUCUCUGAUCUGGUGUACUGCCAGACUAAAUGGUUUGGUGAAAAGCCAAGCUGUCUUCUGGCACCAUGGUUACUUCUGCAUCUGCAAUGUUGAUGAGUUAUGGAGAUGCCCAGGAAGAGGGGUGUAAGGCUUUGUUGGUGUUGGUAGAGGGGCGUAAAGCUUUGGUGUUGGUUUCUGAAGUCACAAGCAUUGGGAGUGCUGUGCUUUUGAACCCAAUGAAAAGCAUGCGGUUUGUGCGGAUUGAAACGCGUGUUCAUGGAGUAUAUUUUCUGAAGGGGACAGGUGAGCAAUCAGGUUGGGUGGAGCACGAAGAGGGGAUACGAGAAGGUGGGGGGAGGAAGAGGGGGGGGGUUCAAAGCUUUGGUGUUGGUUUCUCAAGUCACAAACAUUGGGGUUGCUGUGCUUUUGAACCCAAUGAAGGGUUGCAGUUUAUUGUGCGGAUUGGAACUCGAUGCUCAUGGAGGCUGUUUUGUGGAUGGGAGUAUGGUGAGCGGUUCAGCAAUUUGGCAGCUUGGGUGGGGCAUCAGGAGGGGGAGUGAGGAGGUGGAUGGGUCAGCAAUUUGGCAGCUUGGGUGGGGCAUUACGAGGGAGUGCGAGAAGGUGGACGGAUAAGGAGUUUAGGGGAAAAAAGGUGUCACGGAUCCUGACACGACAGUGGUUUUUGCACUGCGCAACAUGUACAAUGUGUAUAUAUGCGUCUCUGUACAUGCUGGUGGCUGUGUGCUUGCAUGCGAUGCGAGCCUUGUAUAUAUUACAUAUAUUAUUACAUAUGAUGUACUUGAAAGAUGUCGGGUUUCUAUUCUUCAUUCCUGUUCGCUUUCUACUUUUGGUUGCACCAGACUUCAAAGAUUGUCCUGUAAUCAGUAGUUGAUUGAUACUGCAGUGCGAAUGCUGCCAAGGGAAGUUCUUCAUAAUGGCUGUUUCUGUGGAUUGCAGUGUGUGGGAUGUGGGAUGUGGGAUGUGUUUCCAUGUCUCAGAGUGGUGCGUCCAUGAAUUGCUCAGGGAGCCGGCAGCUCAGGUCUGCGUCCGUGUCACGUAAGCGUUCGGUGUCUGAAAGAGACGAGGUUGCCACCGUCAUUGUCCCAGAAGAGUGUCCGCUGCAGUCCUUAGGCCGUGUGUUCCUUCGCAAGUGGACGGAGUGUAGUUCAUUCAUUGUGGACGUCUUUGUCAAUUUGAUGGUGUGUUCAUUCUGUUUUUACAGAUGUCGUACUAUUCUGAUUUUCUGCUUUCUAUGGUGAGGCACAAUUUGGAAGUGCUCGCUAGGGCCAAUUGUCGGGUGUUUAUGCAAGCCACCGGCGGUUCCUGCACUUGGGAAGCUCGUGGGUGAGUGGCAUUUGAAUCUGUUGUGGCUGUACUAUGAAUGACUCGAUCGAGGUUUCGCACAACCUUUCGU